UUUACAGACUGCAUUAAAACAGCGGACGGCCAUGAUUAUAAAGGUAGCUGGAACAGAACACAGUCUGGUAAAUCCUGUCAGGAAUGGUCCUCCCAGUUCCCGCAUAAACACAGAUUCAACACUCUUACCAAGAACUAUUGUCGUAAUCCCAAUGGAAUGCCCCACCCUUGGUGCUACACAAACGACCCCCAAACAAGAUGGGAAUUCUGUGGUUUACCACUUUGUGCUCCUCCUACUUCAGAAAAUGCAGAAGAAUGUUUACUGGAUCCAAGAGGGGAAAGUUACAUGGGGUUAAAGUCUACAACCAAGUCGGGCUUGACAUGUCAAUCGUGGUCGAUCCAGUCUCCCCAUGCCCACGCCUUCAGUCGUCUCCUUGGCAACCAGAAAAACUACUGCCGAAACCCUGAUGGAGAGCCAAAACCCUGGUGCUAUACGACCAACAAAACUAAACGUUUUGAACUUUGUGAAAUUCCCGAGUGUGCUGCAUGCAAUAUUUAUCAGGAAGAAGGACCAGACUGCAAGGUCGUUUAUAAAGUGUCUGGAAAUUGUUAUUACAAAUCGCACUAUAGAAAUGAAUGUAAAUACACAGUUCGGCUCAGUAAAAACAAGGAAGGUCAAGGAGAGGUGACCAUAAAGUACGGAAAGGAAUCCUUUAAAAUCCUGAAAGAUCAACACAUUCUGAAAUGUGCGUAUUUUAAGAAUGUGGGCGAUUACUUGCUCAUCGAGGAAAAGAUCUCAGACAAAUGCUGAACUAAAAUAAAUAAUUAUAUGUUGUUCUACCUUUCUGAAAAAAAAUAUC